AUGAGCCAGGCAGACAAGCUGGACGACAUCCAGAGGAAAAAGCGGCGUGUCGAGGUCGACGCAGGAGCCAGCAACAUCACACGGUCCACCAUGGGACCUGCUCAGACGUCAUCUUCGGGACUCGACACAAACCUCCCAGAGUCUCGAGUCCUCAUCAUUGGCACCGGUGGUACCAUAUGCAUGCAGAAUGGCCCCGACGGCCUCCAGCCGACCGAGCGCUUCAUGGAGAUGGCCAUGGCUCCCAGGCCCGACUUUAAUGACCUGACGAGUCCGAGAGUCCAGCUCCAGGCCAUCCACGGUGGCCGUCUGCUCACCCUCGACAGCCUUCGCACUCCGCCCACGGCCUACCAGCGCCAUGUACGUUACACCAUGAUUGAGUUUAACCCGCUGCUGGACUCGAGCUCUAUGAGUGCCCAGGACUGGGCCGCCAUGGCCCUGGCCGUCAAGGCCAACUACCAUCUGUUCGAUGGUUUCGUCAUCCUGCACGGCACCGACUCGCUGGCCCACACGGCUUCGGCCCUCUCCUUCAUGAUGGAGAACCUGGGCAAGCCCGUCAUCCUCACCGGAUCCCAGGCCCCCAUCUUCUCGCUCCAGUCGGACGCCGUCGACAACCUGCUAGGCUCCCUCAUCAUUGCCGGCACCUUUGUCAUCCCCGAGGUGUGUCUCUUCUUCCAUCACAACCUGUACCGCGGCAACCGCGCCACCAAGGUGUCGUCGGCUUCGUACGAGGCCUUUGACAGCCCCAAUUUCGAGCCGCUCGCCCGCGUCAACGGCCUGGGCAUCCACGUCAACUGGCCCAUUGUCCUCCGCCCCACCACCAUUGCCGGCCUGAACGUCGCCACCGACCUGGACACGGCCCACGUCGCCUGUCUUCGCAUCUUUCCGGGCAUCAAGCCCGAGAUGCUCGACGCCGUCCUGCGCCUCCCCAACAUACGAGGCCUGAUCCUCGAGACAUUCGGCAUGGGCAACGUCCCCGGCGGCGCCGACGGCCCGGUGACGCGUGUCAUCCGCGACGCCAUCAACCGCGGUGUCAUCGUCAUCAACGUCUCGCAGUGCGUCGCCGGCUUCGUCUCCCCCGUCUACGCCCCCGGCACCCACCUGGGUCGUGCCGGCGUCGUUUUCGGCCUGGACCUCACGGUCGAGGCCGCUCUGACCAAGCUGUCGUACCUCCUCGCGCGCGCCGACCUCUCCCGCGAAGAAAUGACCAAGCAGCUCACCCUCUCCAUCCGCGGCGAGAUGACGGAGCUAGCACGCACCACCUUCUCCCAUCCUCUGUCGUCCCUCGACCAGGCCGCCGAGCGCCUCAGCCCCACAGAGCUCGCCUUUGCCGCCCUAGGCCACUCCAUCCAGAAGGGCGACCUCGAGUCCGUCCGAAACCUGGUGGCCGGCGACGCCGCCCACCAACUCCUCACCCACGCCGACUACGCCGGCAACACGGCCGUCCACCUAGCCGCCAUUUCGGGGUCGUCGGCCGUUCUGCGCGAGCUCCUGGAGAGGGGAGCGAGUGUCCACGAGCGCAACCGCGCCGACAACACUCCCUUGUUCCUCGCCACUCUAUCGGGUCAGAAUGACUGCGCUGCUCUCCUCAGACAGGCUGGUGCUCACUUGUCCGCCGAGGAACUCGAGAGGGGUCCCCUCAAGGCCUGA